AAAAAAGAGAAGCAAAUUAAAGCCAAAAUAAAAUAAGCUAAACUCCUAAACCCAAAACACACAUUUUUUUCUUACUCACACUGUCACACUCUUUUUUUCUCUCUCAAAUGAAAACCUCUCGCAGAGCUAGCUUCUACUCUUCCUCUUCCACCACAGUCACAUACACUUUCCAUAAUGACCGCUCUACCCCUCCACCCAAACCCAACUCCACUGAAAUUCCCAUCCAGUUCUCUCCCAAAACAGCCCAAUCACGAUCUCAAUCCAACUCCGCCACUAAGAUCCAGUCCGCAUACCGGGCCCACGCGAUCCGCACCCUGUACAAAAAGAUCUCAGCCGUCAGCUCCGAAGCCGAUCACCUCCAGCGCUUAAUCCAACGGCAGGAAACGGUGGAUGCAAUCCGCAGCAACGAGCGGGAGAAGCUGAGGAUGAACGAGGCCCUGAUGGGUCUGCUACUGAAGCUGGACUCGGUGCCCGGAUUUAAUCCGACGGUGAGGGAGGCGAGGAGGAAGGUGAGCCGUCGGAUCGUGGCGUUGCAGGAAAUACUCGACGCUGUUUCGGAGGCAAAGACGGUUUACGACGACGACUGUUACGAAUACGGGUUUGUGAGGAGCUGGGACGACGUCGUUGCGAAGAUGGAGGAAGAGGUUUGUAGAGAAAGAGGAGGUGAUGAGAUGGAGAGGUUUUGUGCUGAGCAUUUGGGGUUUCGUUGCUUGCAGAGAUUUCUCAGUGGGCCCUGAUCUUCUGUGCUCCGAAGGAUCCAGAUGCACAAAAGUAUGUACACACAUCCACUCUCACUCAUGAUGAAUGUAUAAUCAAAAAUUGCUUGUGUUGUAGUAUUAUAUCGUAUCUGUAACCGUGUCCGUGCAUCCUAGACAUGGAGAAAGAAUUCUUUCUCCAUUUCAGUUUCAGCGAGAUAAGAGAAUUCAAUUUUUACUGUUAAAUUUUUUUAUUUAUUUUUAUACAAGGGUGUAUAUAUGUGAUGUCACGUAA